AUGAUCACGACACCAUCGGCUACAGAAGAACAAAAGCCUAAAACAGUUCAAGAACAACAACCUAAACCCGUUGAAGAGGAAACACAAAAGCCGGCUCAAGAAGAAAUACCUAAACAGACAGAAGAAGAGACACCAAAACCUGUAGAAAAAGAAAAACCUAAACCAGCUGAAGAAGAACAACCUAAACCAACUGAAGAAGAAAAACCAAAACCAGCUGAAGAAGAAAAACCCAAACCGGUGGAAGAAGAAAAACCAAAACCAGCUGAAGAGGAAAAACCAAAACCAGCUGAAGAGCAAAAACCUAAACCAACUGAAGAAGAAACACCCAAACCAGCUGAACAAGAACAACCUCAACCUGUUGAAGAGGAAAAACUCACACAGGUAGAAGAAGAAAAACCAAAACCUGCUGAAGAGGAAAAACCAAAACCAGCUGAACAGGAAAAACCUAAACCAACUGAAGAAGAAAAACCAAAACCAGCUGAAGAAGAAAAACCAAAACCAGCUGAAGAGGAAAAACCUAAACCAACUGAAGAAGAAAAACCAAAACCAGCUGAAGAAGAAAAACCCAAACCGGUGGAAGAAGAAAAACCUCAACCAGUUGAAGAGGAAAAACCAAAACCAUCCGAAGAACAACCUAAACCAGCUGAAGAGGAAAAACCUAAACCAACUGAAGAGGAAAAACCCAAACCGGUGGAAGAAGAAAAACCAAAACCGGUGGAAGAAGAAAAACCUCAGCCAGUUGAAGAGGAAAAACCAAAACCACCCGAAGAACAACCUCAACCUGCUGAAGAGGAAAAACCAAAACCAGCUGAAGAGGAAAAACCUAAACCAACUGAAGAAGAAAAACCAAAACCAGCUGAAGAAGAACAACUUCAACCUGCUGAAGAGGAAAAACCAAAACCAGCUGAAGAGGAAAAACCUAAACCAACUGAAGAAGAAAAACCAAAACCAGCUGAAGAAGAAAAACCCAAACCGGUGGAAGAAGAACAACCCCAACCAGUUGAAGAGGAAAAACCAAAACCAGCUGAAGAGGAAAAACCUAAACCAACUGAAGAAGAAAAACCAAAACCAACUGAAGAAGAAAAACCAAAACCAGCCGAAGAAGAAAAACCGAAACCGGUGGAAGAAGAAAAACCAAAACCAGCUGAAGAGGAAAAACCUAAACCAACUCAAGAAGAAAAACCUCAACCUGCUGAAGAGGAAAAACCAAAACCAACUGAAGAAGAAACACCCAAACCAGCUGAGCCAGAACAACCUCAACCUGUUGAAGAGGAAAAACUCACACAGGUAGAAGAAGAAAAACCAAAACCAGCUGAAGAGGAAAAACCAAAACCAGUUGAAGAGGAAAAACCCAAACCGGUGGAAGAAGAAAAACCAAAACCAACUGAAGAAGAAAAACCAAAACCAGCCGAAGAAGAAAAACCGAAACCGGUGGAAGAAGAAAAACCAAAACCAGCUGAAGAAGAAAAACCAAAACCAGCUGAAGAGGAAAAACCAAAACCAGUUGAAGAGGAAAAACCCAAACCGGUGGAAGAAGAAAAACCAAAACCAGUUGAAGAGGAAAAACCUAAACCAACUGAAGAAGAAAAACCCAAACCGGUGGAAGAAGAACAACCUCAACCAGCUGAAGGGGAAAAACCAAAACCAGUUGAAGAGGAAAAACCCAAACCGGUGGAAGAAGAAAAACCAAAACCAGCUGAAGAGGAAAAACCUAAACCAACUGAAGCAGAACAACCUCAACCUGCUGAAGAGGAAAAACUCACACAGGUAGAAGAAGAAAAACCAAAACCAGCUGAAGAGGAAAAACCAAAACCAGUUGAAGAGGAAAAACCUAAACCAACUGAAGAAGAAAAACCCAAACCGGUGGAAGAAGAAAAACCAAAACCAGCUGAACAGGAAAAACCUAAACCAGUUGAAGAGGAAAAACCCAAACCGGUGGAAGAAGAAAAACCAAAACCAGCUGAAGAGGAAAAACCUAAACCAACUGAAGCAGAACAACCUCAACCUGCUGAAGAGGAAAAACUCACACAGGUAGAAGAAGAAAAACCAAAACCUGCUGAAGAGGAAAAACCUAAACCAACUGAAGAAGAAAAACCCAAACCGGUGGAAGAAGAAAAAUCAAAACCAGCUGAAGAGGAAAAACCAAAACCAGUUGAAGAGGAAAAACCUAAACCAACUGAAGAAGAAAAACCCAAACCGGUGGAAGAAGAACAACCUCAACCAGCUGAAGAGGAAAAACCUAAACCAACUGAAGAAGAACAACCUCAACCUGCUGAAGAGGAAAAACCGAAACCAACUGAAGAAGAAAAACCCAAACCGGUGGAAGAAGAACAACCUCAACCAGCUGAAGAGGAAAAACCUAAACCAACUGAAGAAGAAACACCCAAACUAGCGGAACAAGAACAACUUCAACCUGUUGAAGAGGAAAAACCUAAACCAGCUGAAGAAGUAAAACCCAAACCACUUAAACAAGAACAACCUCAGCCUGUGGAAGAGGAAAAACUCACACAGGUAGAAGAAGAAAAACCAAAACCCGCUGAAGAAGAACAACCUCAACCAGUUGAGGAGGAAAAACCAAAACAAAUAGAAGAAGAAAAACCUAAACCAGUUGAGGAGGAAAAACCAAAACAAAUAGAAGAAGAAAAACCUAAACCAACUGAAGAAGAGAAACCUCAACCGGCCGAAGAGGAAAAACCAGAACUGGUGGAAGAAGAACAACCUAAACAAAUAGAAGAAGAGAAGGCGAAACAGGUAGAGGUGUAG